ACUGCCCUUUUUUCGAGACGAGCGACCUUCCGGUUUCUAAUGGCUGUGCAAAAUAUCGCGGAAUGUCAAAUUAGUGUGUACGGCGAGAGUAGCGUUUGCGUGAUUUUUCGGCGCGACACAACCGCGUUCAAGCCAGCGGACAGGUCGGCCGGUGGCGUCGCCAUCGUUCAGGAAUUAAUUCGUCGUGACGAAACAGUAAAUAAUUUAAAUGCGCAUUACGUCAGACGAAUCGUGAAGGGUUAAGAGGAAGCUCGCACCUACGUAUACGCAGUCAUUGUCAGCUGAUUCAUUCUCUCGCUAAGCAGUUUUUACGCGUCUUUUUUUUUUUUAACCUGUCACGUUGAAACGCAGAGGCGUUCGUAACGUUGUCGUUGAGGAGCGAAUAAUGAAUGGGAUCUCGCGCGAGGUCCUCUUGUCGAAGGAGCGCUGAGACGCGAGCGGUGUCGCGUUUUUAAACAAAGUCAGACCAGCCAGUCUGGAAUUAUGUGACGGUGCCCAAAAUAUCGCAGAGUGAUGGCUUCGAUCUGUCGACGCUGGAGAUUAUGGAUAUUGCCUGUGCUGACCUGCCUAUAUGCGCUAAUCAUUGUUAUACUUGUACCAAUCUUGUUGGUUAAUUCUAUUAAGACUGGCUUCAAGAAGCAGGAUGCUCUGGUGGGUGGCGCCUUUGUCUUACUGGCGUUGCCUAUUGCCUUUUAUGAAAUUGUCCAGCAUAUGAUAUACUAUACGCAACCUAGGUUACAAAAAUACAUAAUAAGGAUAUUAUGGAUGGUACCAAUUUAUGCGGUGAAUGCUUGGUUAGGUUUGGUAUAUCCCGAAGGCAGUAUAUACGUGGACAGUUUAAGAGAAUGCUACGAAGCUUAUGUAAUAUACAAUUUUAUGAUGUAUUUAUUGGCCUAUCUAAAUGCUGAUCACCAAUUAGAGCAUAGACUGGAGAUCUCUCCUCAAGUACAUCAUAUGUUCCCUCUAUGCUGUCUUCCCGAUUGGGAAAUGGGAAGAGAAUUUGUACAUAUGUGCAAGCAUGGUAUUUUACAGUAUACAGCAGUCAGGCCUAUAACAACUGCAAUAUCAUUUAUCUGCGAAUUGAACGGUGUCUACGGAGAAGGUGAAUUCAGAGGAGAUGUAGCUUUUCCAUAUAUGAUUGCUCUAAAUAAUUUGUCACAAUUUGUUGCCAUGUACUGUCUGGUACUUUUUUAUCGUGCCAAUGCAGAAGCCUUGAAGCCAAUGAAACCAGUUGGAAAAUUCCUGUGCAUUAAAGCUGUAGUAUUCUUCUCAUUUUUUCAAGGAGUAAUAAUAUCUUUAUUAGUAUACCUCAACGUUAUAUCUAGCAUUUUUAAAACGGACGACACAGACUACAUCAGGAAUAUAUCGUCAAAGUUGCAGGAUUUCCUAAUUUGCAUAGAAAUGUUUUUAGCCGCGGUAGCGCAUCAUUACAGUUUUUCCUACAAACCAUUUGUCAAUUUAGCGCAAGGCCAAGCAUGGUGGGAUGCAUUUAGAGCAAUGUGGGAUGUUUCCGACGUACAUAACGACAUAAAGGAACAUUUGGGUGUCGUCGGCUCGUCCCUAAGUCGCAGGAUACGCGGACGCGGCGCAUAUCAGCAAGCCUGGGGAAGCGCGACAGAGCGUACUUCGCUAUUACCCGAGGGCGCGGUAGCAACGGCCAGAAGCGCUCCGGCCUGCUCGUUUUCGGGCUAUCACACGGCCGAGGUCGGGCCGAACAAUAACAAUCCAUCCGCCAGUGAAUUUGAGGAAGCGAUGGUGGAUGUGCAGGAUAAUAGUAAUGCCGUCAACACGUAUAACGUGAAGACAAAAUUAUUCGAGAUGCAAGAUAAAAAGGAAACGAAUGGGGAAAUUAUAAAUCAAGAACAUGAGGAAUAUCAAUAUUUGAGACUUCUCGAGAAAGUGAUUAAAACUGGAGCAAGAAAGGGUAAUCGCACUGGUACUGAUACUUAUUCCAUAUUUGGUACACAAUUACGAUUUAGACUGCAAGAUGGUGUUUUCCCAUUACUGACAACCAAGAGAAUAUUUUGGAAAGCAGUAGUCGAAGAGUUAUUAUGGUUCAUCAAAGGAUCAACAAAUUCUAAAGUGUUAACAGAUAAAGGUGUACACAUCUGGGAUGAAAAUGGUUCACGUGCUUUCUUAGAUUCCUGUGGCUUUACUGACAGAGAAGAAGGUGAUUUAGGACCUGUCUAUGGAUUUCAAUGGAGAUAUUACGGCGCAGAAUACAAGAAUAUGCAUACAGAUUAUACAGGACAAGGAAUUGAUCAACUGAAGGAAGUUAUUCAUAAAAUUAAGUAUUCUCCAGAUGAUAGACGUAUCAUAAUGACUGCUUGGAACCCAACUGAUAUACCAAAAAUGGCAUUGCCACCGUGCCACAGUUUUGUCCAGUUUUAUGUAAGUAAUGGAGAAUUGUCUGCACAGCUCUACCAAAGAAGCGCAGAUAUGGGUUUGGGAGUACCGUUUAACAUAGCAUCAUAUUCCUUGCUGAUCUGCAUGAUUGCUCAUGUUACUGGCUUAAAGCCAGGAGAAUUUGUACAUACCAUGGGAGACUGUCACGUUUAUGUCAACCAUGUAAGCGCUCUUGAAGAACAAAUACAACGCAAACCACAAGAUUUUCCUAAAUUGAAGAUAUUACGGGAGAUCAAAGAUAUCGACGAUUUCGUUGCCGAGGAUUUCAAAUUGAUAGAUUAUAAUCCGCAUCCCAAAUUGUAUAUGAAAAUGGCUCUCUGAAGUGUAUUUCUUAAAACAGGGCUCGAAUAAGUUACGGAAGUGACAGUUUGCGACUAAGUGUCUGCUGGCAGACAAAAUUCGAGAAAUAGAUUAACCAAGCUACUGCAAGAAGUCGAACGAUAUAUCAAUGGGAACACGGUAGUGCAAUCCAUGGACGUAGUAUAUAUGGACUCCGCAUACGGCCAGAAAAGUGAAGCCAACAUGUAGAGACCAUAGAUAUAAUAUAUAUAGUAGACUCCACAUAGUCAGAAAAGAGAAGCCAAUAUGUACAGCCCCUCUGUUCU